AUGCUCUGCGCAAGCGCACCUGUUUGCGAAGCGUCCACGCAACACCCUUAUCCAGAGCCUUACCCGUUCACCAUCUCCAAAGCCUCCAAUCAGAAUACACGUGCACUUGCACUUGCAGAAAAGCGAGCGGGAUGGGAGUAUGGUCCUUCGGUCGCUGGGGACACGGCGUUUUAUCCGUCAGGCUCUAUCGGCGGUCCCGUUGCGAAGAAGGUGACCGAUCGCUUCAGCACAUUUCUAGACGCAGUGCAUGCUAAUGUCAUCAACGAUUCCAGAAUCGCCGCGGCGUCGAUCUCGAGGGAGGGGGGAUUAAAGAGCAUACACGAUUAUGCGAAGUUGUAUAAAGAACAAUGGAAGCAAUCGGCGCCCGAAGGACCCUAUCCAGGGAUCUUGACGAACUACACAGACGAUCUCCUCUUCUCCAUGACCCAGCUGUCUGAGAACCCAUACCGAAUUUCUCGUAUUCCAAAAAACGCGCAACUUCCUUUCGCUGUUUCCAACGCAAGAGCGAUUGCCGGCCAAACAUUGGCCUCUCUACAAGAGGCUGGCCGUCUGUUUCUUACCGACUUUCUCGAUCAAGCAAGCCUGCGGAAGACCACUGGAAGAUACGGCGCUGCUUGCCAAGCUUAUUUCUUCAUUCACCCAGCGUCUGGUGACUUCUUGCCGCUCGCCAUAAAACCCAACGUCGAAGGUUCGGAUCUCGUCUACACACCGCAGGACCUACCUAGCGACUGGUUACUGGCGAAGAUGAUGUUCAAUUCCAACAGCUUCUGGUAUGCACAGUGGUAUCAUCUAGCAGCUACUCAUGUAGUGGGCGAGAUUGUGUACCUAAGUGCUAUUCGAACACUGAGCGAAGAACAUCCCAUCAUGGCCAUUCUCCAUCGACUACUCAAAGACGCUUGGGCGUUCCGGGUCGUAGCUGUUCAGCGCCUGAUCUAUCCUGGUGGUCCCAUCGACGAGCUGUUUCCCUGGAACGGUAGGGAAGCAAGCAACUACACUGAUACGCUUUACCAGUCGGGCGAAGCCAGCGCUUUCCAGUCCAACUAUUUCGAGCUCAAUCUGCAAAGACGCGGCUUGAUUGACUCAGCGUUCGGGCCUAGGAUCGAGACAUUUCCUUUUCACCGGGAUGCCUCUGUAAUUCACAGCGCAAUUCGCCGUUUUAUGGCCGCUGUUGUACAGUCGUACUACCCAGAUCCUAGCGAUAUUACCGGCGAUCAUGAGCUGCAAUCAUGGGUCAGGGAAGCCAGACCUGCCCAAAUCGUCGACUUUCCCUCGUCUAUCGAGGACCAGGGCACUCUAGUCGACAUUCUAACGCACGUUGCGCACUUGGUGUCUGUUGUACAUGGUACGCUGAACCUAAACGCUCUCGCUACCUCUUCAGGUUCCCUUCCUUUGCACCCUUUCGCAUUCUACACGCCCUUGCCGAUGACCAAAGGGGUUCGCGACAUCAUGCCCUUCCUGCCACAAGUAGAAGCUUCUGUUGGUCAGGUCGCACUAGCGGCAGACUUCAGCCGCCCUGGUUUUGUCAACAGUGACCAGACGAUCGCGCACAUGUUUGACAACACAACAAUGCUGGCUAGAAUGCCUGAGCCUGUACAAAAGGCGGAAGCAGAUUUCCGGUCUGCGAUGGAUCGCUACAGUGCAGCAGUGAGAAAUAAGGUUUUUGAUCAGGAUGGGCUGUGUGGAGGCAUGCCUUAUUGCUGGUCGACAUUAGAUCCAAACAGUGCAACUUAUUGGUUGACCGUCUGA